CAGUUAUCAUAAAAGAAUAUUUGAGGAAAACAAAAAUGGUAAUGUAAGAAGGAGAAUAAAUUAACAAUAAAUUACCGCAUAAGAUUAAGUCCCAUUGAUUUCGGUCUCUGUCCAAAAAAUCUCUCUAGCUUGAUUUCGCUCUCUCUCUCACUACGCAGACACAGACAGAGACAGAAAGUGGAGUGAAAUGGCUAGUGGUGGGGGAUAUGGCAGCUCGAACCAGAAAACAGAUUACGUGUUCAAGGUGGUGUUGAUCGGCGACUCCGCCGUCGGGAAAUCCCAAAUACUUUCGCGUUUCUCUCGCAACGAGUUCAGCUUGGAUUCUAAGGCUACUAUCGGUGUCGAGUUCCAGACUCGCACCAUGGUUAUACAGCACAAGUCCGUCAAAGCUCAGAUCUGGGACACCGCUGGCCAAGAGAGAUACAGAGCUGUCACGAGUGCUUAUUACAGGGGUGCUGUGGGGGCUAUGCUGGUUUACGACAUUACUAAGCGGCAGACCUUCGACCACAUUCCACGUUGGCUAGAAGAGUUGCGCGCUCAUGCAGACAAAAACAUUGUAAUAAUCCUAAUUGGGAACAAGAGUGAUCUUGAAGAUCAGAGAGCAGUGCCGACAGAGGAUGCUAAGGAAUUUGCUGAAAAAGAAGGCUUAUUUUUCUUAGAAACCUCAGCAUUGGAAGCAACCAACGUGGAGGAGGCAUUCGUGACAGUGUUGACAGAGAUUUUCAACAUUGUUAACAAGAAGAAUCUUGUUGCCGGUGACGACGAAAUGAACAACAAUCCGGCGUCGUUAGCUGGUAAGAAGAUCCUCAUUCCUGGCCCAGCUCAAGUAAUCCCAGAAAGGAAUACGAUGUGCUGUAGAUCAUGAUUUCUUGGUUUAAUAUUUCUCGUCUGGAAUUAGUUAUUUUUUUGAGUUAGUCUGGAAUUAUUUUUUUGUGUGUUACUUUUACCAUGUCAGAGUGACUGCGUGAUGGGUAAAUGGUCAUUUGUUAUCGGCAUGGAGAUUAGGGUUGAGAAGAUUUAAACUUUGUUUGGAUUAAUUGUUAUUGUCCUUUAAAACCA